AUGUUGACGACAAUGAUGAAGACUGCCCCGCUGCUUGGGAGCUUGAUACUUUCGACGCUCUCAUCCACUUCCUUGGCCCAUGGCCUGAUUAGCAGACGUCAGGAGCCGACGGGAGAUAUCUGUCGCAUGUGGGAUCAUCGAACUGCGAUGAUUGAUGAUUGGAUUUAUGUUGAUAUUAGUGUCACAACGUGGACCGGCGAUAGACAGAAUGGUUAUAUGCAUUUGAUAAGUCCCUUUGGUAUCAAUCUCAAGGAAAAAUUCAAUACCAAGGACCUUGGCGGGGAACACGACGCAUAUACCGAGAUCGCGACAAACCUAGACUUACCCCUCACAACUAAAAGCGUGAUCUGGGUGGAUAAGGAUCAGAACAUCUACAAGUAUGGAGGCUUCUAUCCAUUGAAGGCGUUCUGGGGCAAUUCUUCGCUAUAUGAUCCGCGCGGCUCGGAGGUCUGGAAGCUUGAUAAGAAAAUUGCGAACUGGACUCAGCAACCCACACCGGGGGGUGCUGAAGUUUCUGGGACCAGGAAUGCGGCCGCCGCCUACCUCCCUGAAUUGGGCCUAGGAUUUGCCGCCGGCGGACAUAUAAGCAAUGGGACAGAUAAAAAGUUUGCCUCCUGGAGUGACGGGCAUUCGUUGAUGUUGGACUCAAUGGUGACAUACAACAUGGCAAACAACUCUUGGACAAAUCAGACUACGGGGAUGACUCCCUUUACUUUGAGCUCUCUUGUACAUGUGCCCAUUGGUGAAAAGGGAAUAUUAAUUUCUAUGGGUGGUAUUGAUAACCCCGGUGGAUAUUACAAUCCGGCUACCACUGAAAUACAGGCGAGAGAUUUUGACAGCGUCAGCCUUUACGAUGUCGAAAGAGGGGAUUGGUCAACGCAAAGAACAACUGGAGAUACACCACGAAACAGACUUUCGUUUUGUGCCGUGGUGGCAGUUGCUGCAGACAAAUCGUCCUACAACGUCAUCGUUCAUGGUGGAUCUUCCAAUGAUGAUUACCUUAACUUCUCAGACACAUAUAUCCUCUCUUUGCCAUCUUUCCAAUGGGUCAAAAUAGAUGACGGCGAAACGAAUAUGGAACGCGCAGACCAUACCUGCCAUUUGUCGAAAAACAAAAUGAUAGUAAUAGGAGGGAGGAAUGCAGAUCAAAGUAACCCAUCGGUCAACCCCCCCGCGAAGAACGGAGACUGCGAACCCACUAGCUUUAUCAACAUUUUUGACGUAAAUACUUUAAAGUGGGAGACGGAUUGGGAUCUGGACGCAAGAGACGACUUCAAGGUUCCAGCUCCUGUCGUCGAGAUAAUUGGCGGAGAGUAA